AUGAUGUUCAUGUUGUUGCGGUACCCCGAGGCCAAGGUGAUAAACUUCGGGACGUGGUUCGUCUUCAGCCUGCCCAUCGCCCUCGUCAUGCUGGUGCUCACCUGGCUCUGGCUGCAUCUGCUCUUCCUGGGCUGCAACUUCAGAGAGACGUGCUCAUGGAGUAAGAAGAGGAAGACGAGGAGAGAACUCGACUCAGAGAGGAGGAUCCAGGAGGAGUACAUCAAACUGGGGCCCAUCAGCUACCCGGAGGUGGUGACCGGGGUGUUCUUCAUCCUGAUGACGGUCCUGUGGUUCACCAGGGAGCCCGGCUUUGUCCCGGGCUGGACCUCGCUGUUUGAGAAGAAGGGCUACAGGACGGACGCCACUGUGUCCGUCCUCCUGGGCUUCCUGCUCUUCCUCAUCCCCGCCAGGCGACCCUUCUCCUCUUCCUCCAGCUGGAGAAACAGAGACGACGUGGACCCUGACCCUCUGGCCCCCAUGAUCACCUGGAAGGACUUCCAGAAGCUGAUGCCCUGGGAGAUCGUGAUCCUGGUGGGGGGCGGCUACGCCCUGGCCGCCGGCUGCAAGGUGUCGGGGCUGUCGGUGUGGAUUGGCAGGCAGCUGGAGCCAAUGAGCGGGCUCCCUCCCUGGGCCGUCACGCUGCUGGCCUGCCUCCUGGUCUCCGCGGUAACCGAGUUCGCCUCCAACCCGGCCACGCUGACCGUGUUCCUGCCCAUCCUGUCUGCACUGUCAGAGACCCUGAUGAUCAACCCCCUUCACUGCCUCAUCCCCGCCACCAUGUGUGUGUCCUUCGGCGUGAUGCUGCCAGUGGGGAACCCCCCCAACGCCAUCGUCUUCAGCUACGGCCACGUCAAGAUCAGCGACAUGGUGAAGGCAGGCUUCGGGGUGAACCUGAUCGGCGUUGCCGUGGUGAUGCUGGCCAUCUCAACCUGGGGGGUCCCCCUCUUCCACCUCACAGAGUUCCCCGCCUGGGCGCUGGCCAGGAACACCACCAUGCAGAGCUUAUAACUCCAGGAGAGAGAGAGAGAGAGGGAGAGGGAGGGAGGGAGAGAGAGAGAGAGAGACAGGAGUUGGAUGAAAAAUGAGCACAUACAACGUAGAUCUGCUGCUAUAGACGAGCCCAAGGAAUGCAAACAUACACAAAUACACUUUAGACUGAGUUGUUUUGCAUAACUAGCGUUUCGAGUUCGCCAAAAAGCCAAACUGAUGGUUUUUAUUUUUGUACUCUUUAAAAUCGUCUGAAAGACGCCUAAGAUCAGAUUCAGCCACUAGGGGGUGCUAUAAAGUGGAUUUAUUUUCUAUGGCGUUGUGCCUGUUUCGAGAUUCGACAAUCAUGCUGCCAAUUCUGAAAUUUUAAACACUGUUUGAAGAAUGACGUUACACUGACAGACCUUAACCUUAAAACCAGUGUGCCUGAGAUGGAAUAAAGUUUAAAGACGAUUGCACCAUGGUCGAUGCUGCUCUGAACAGAUGCAUGUGUGGACAGUAAUGAUCACUCAUUUGUAAAGGACUGUGACUUGCUUUCCUCAGUGCAAGUUGUAGAGGAGUCGAAGAUAGUAUACUAAACAGUAUAAGUUAAGAUCCCGCACAGGCUAUAGUUUUCGGGGCAUUUGUCACUUUGAAAGACUCCAUCAUCCCUCCUGCCUUUAUGUUACAGGCUCAAUAGUGUUUUUUUGUAUAUUGUUUUGUUCAUUGUAAAACAGAAUCUGCUUUGAGAAGGUUCCAGUUAAUCACCCUCCCCCCUUCCUCCCCGCAAUACAGCCAGCCUAUCCAGAGUAUCUGGACUGAGAGACCAAUUGUUUAAUUACUGAUGAUUAAUCACGGCAGUGGUCGCCGUGGCGACUGGCAGUGAAAGGGGGGAGGGGGGGUGUUUAUGAUCUAUGAUACGUUCUAUUUUUACACAAAUUCAUCAUGUAAAUGUGUGCCUUUUUUUUGUACUACAUUAAGAUAGGUAGACACUAUAUAAAUAGAGCAGGAUUUAUUUCCAGUUAUUUAUUUCAGUUUCACACACUAGUUUUCAUACUUCGACGGUGAAUCCACACCUGGUGUACAUACAAGAUGACUUGUAAUAUAUGAAUAACGUGCCUUCUUCUCCUGUGAUCAGAAUCAAAUGUGAUAUUCAUCUGAAUGUUUCAAUGACUUUUGUGUUUGAAAUAUAUCCAGUACAUCGAUAGAACAGGGAUAGGAUUAUAAUAAAUGAAAUUAAAACGGAUUACAAUGAACUCUGUGUUUGUGUUUAUUUGGUACCUCAAACACACUAGAAUAAUUUGUUUUUUAGAAAUAAAAUAUGGUAUUCAUUGACAGAUCAUAAGUAGGUAUUAAUGGGUGAAUUGUAUCAGUAGCCAUCAUGCUAGAUUUUAUUUACGGAGACGAAGAGAGUAAGAGAAUCAAUCAAAUGAAACAAUUACAAAAUACGGGCGGUCCAUUCUCAGACCAGGUCAUGAAACAUUUAUCCUCAAACACUGAAGUAAUCUUCUCAUACAUCAUUCAUUCGUUUGAA